UGACCGUGCGUUCGUAAGUUUCUCUUUUCUUCUCUUUCUGCAUAGUGUGUUAUAAUUCUUGACACGGAAUCGCAGUUUUCGUUGACGGAUUAGAUUGUAUCUGGGAUCCUAUAUUUUCAUCUCUCUAGGCUACUAAAACAAUGUGAUUGUUUGUAAGAAAGAUGUCACGUUGGUUCGAUCAACCGAGCAUACUCCUGAUGAGUGUGAUGUUGUUUAAUACAGUAAUGUGGAAUACAGCGAAAAGUUCGAUAAUGAAGUGUGAGGAAGCAAAAUUAAAAUGCGCCUUCAGAACAGGCUGUGGCGCAGCUCUGCAACAUUAUCUUACGGGUUGUGCACCCGUUCUCCAAGGGAAUGAUUGUUCCGAAACCUGCCAACAUGCCCUUAUUGCUCUUACAAGCACCGAUGAGGGCAAAGAACUUAUGACAUGUGAAUGUGAGGAUGAAUUAUGUUCUGAGUCGAAACAAAGAGUAGAAAUAUGUAGAUCGUCUGUAACAAUGGCAAUGAAUAGGACAAGGUUAUCCUGCAGAAUAGCAACUUGGAUUUGUAAUGCAGACGCUCUUUGCCAAACUGCGCUUACAUAUUACAAUAAAUAUUGCAAGAGUAUGUUUCAAGGACGAAAAUGUACUAGACGAUGUAGAAAUUCGAUAAAUAUCUUAACAAGACAAGAAAAGGCUGCAAAAUUGAAUACAUGUCAAUGUGAUGGUUUUGAAGAAUAUGAUUGUAAAGGAAUUCAUAGAAAUAUGAAUCUUUUAUGUUUUGGAAAAAUACAUCAUGGUUACCGUGAUGUUAAUGUCGAAGAUGAUAGGGAAAGUGAAUUUCUAACACCAAACAUGAGUCUUAGAGGAAACGGUGUUCAAAUAUUAAUGGACAGAGAACUAUUUUUACUUUCUUUAUUGAUUUAUCACAUACUUAAAGCGAGACAAGACUGAUGAUUAGAAAGAAUCCAGAAAGAUCUCCAAAAAGCAACAGUAUUCCAUGAAACCAAUGACCAAAGAUCUUUAUCAACAUUUUUAAUCAAUAUUUGAACAAUUUAAUACUGGUAUUAGUGGAUUACUUUUUCAAUAUGAUAAAUAAUUUAACAGCAUGACCAACGAAUGCAUAACUUAUGAAAUAUUUUUAUGGGUUUAUUAUCAAAUUUACACAAAUGGAAAAAACAGAGAGGAAGAAGCUUGUAUAGUAAAAAUAUUGUAUAAUGAUUGUAUUAUAGUAUCUAUAAUUGAAUAAUUCGUUGCAAGUAUUUAGUUAUAAAUCAGUUUUAUUUAUGAAGAUAUAAUUAUGUAAAUAUCUACAUACCGAAAUACGAUCAUUGUUUUUCCCUUUCUCUUUUUUUAUCAAAUUUAUAUUCUCGAAAAUUCUUCUCUUGUAGAAAAAUAUUUUCUUAAAAGGAUCUCCAACGCAAAUAUAUUACAUUUAUUUUGGAAAAAUAUAAUUAUUCACAUUUAUUCUACUAACAAAAUAUUAUGGAGAUAAUAAAACAAUUCUGCUGUAAAUUGUUUUCCAAAAAAGGACUGAAGUGAAAUUAAUGUAAAGAGAACAAUGUUCUUUAAGAACAAAAAAUUGUCGGGAUACGUACGGUAUAUUGUUAUAUUUAUGUGAGUUUGAGCGUGUGUAAAUGUUUUUAUACUAUUUUUAGAUAUUUGUUUUUAUAUCUAAUUAUGAUUAACUCAGACCUUUAAUAAUGAUGAUUUGUUAGAACAUUGUUAAUAAAAGCAUAAUUGAAGUUCAAAGUUUCUACAGUUUGUAUUCUAAUUACAUGAAAAGUUACCGAGUAAAUAAAUAAAAAAACGAAGGUUAUACAAAAUGAUGUACUACAAAAAAUUUACUAAAUAUAAAUUGUCUGCAAUUUUAUUAUAAUUUAUGGAGUUCAAAUAUUUCAAAGACUCUUCAAUAUUAUCUAGUAUUUAUUUUAUUGUAUAAUAUUUAAUUGAUAUUAUGACAAGGAGUAGAUUUAUAUCUUAUUAACUUUAAAAUAUUAAUAAAUGUAUUUACAAUCUUGUGUUUUUGAAACUUACUUUCAUUGCUUAUUUGUUCUUAUAAAAAGUACAACGCUUUUACAAAAUUUUUUUGUAUGUAUAUUGAAAGUUUUCAAUUUCGCAAUAUGAGAACAAAAUUUUGGUGUACCUGAUAUUAAAUACAUAAGAAGGAAGUGUAACAUGAAG